AUGGCAGAAAUCGGGUAUGCCACCCCAUCGGGCAGAUAUAAGGAGGAAUACCAUACCAGCGUCACAGCUAAUGCCAUGCAACACAGCAUCAUAGCCUCGAUCAUUGGGGUCGCGGGUGCCGGUUUUCGCCUCUCUCUUAUCCUCAACGCUGUGGGAUCGGAGAUUUCGAAUGCUGAAUGCGACAUUCACAGCAUCGCCAAGGGCAUCUCGCUCUUCUCCCUCAUGCUUAAGCAAGUCGGCAUGACCAUGGAGGAAGGGAAGACGGUCGCAUCACAGAGCGCUAUAGAUACUGCGACGGAGAUCAGGGAUCAAAGCCAAGUGGUCUUCGAUGAAAUCAAGAACAUGGUGGAUUUGGCCCAAGCGAGGGACGACAAGGGCAACCUCCGAUCGAUCACAAUAGCGCAAAGGAUUAAAUGGUGUUUCAAGAAGCGGAAGGUUCAGUAUCUGCUGGGUCAGCUCGAGUCUCUCAAGUUGAGUUUGUCCAUCAUGCUUCAGAUCUUGCAAAUGGGUAAAGCCAUCGCGGCGACACGUGAGGACCCUUCGAGAGCGCCCCUCACAGAGCGCACCAUGAGGCAAGACCGUGCAGAAAUACAGAACAUGAUCGUUGUUCAACACUGGUCCUUGGUAGAGCUACGGAAGCUAUAUGAGCUGGCGGAAAAGGAAGCCAAGGAAGAGACGACGAGUCCGACCAUCGAAGAUCCACCUCCAAGCUACGACGCAGCCGGAAAUGCUGAGACAAGCUACUACGAAGACCAAGCUGCAAAUGGGAACCUACGGCGGCUGUCAAUCCAAGCGCCGUCAGUGCCGGAUAAAAUACCAAACGACUCUCAAGCGAUGGUCAAAUUCGAAGAGAAGCCACUUCAACAAUUGGACCAGCAAUUUACUCUUGCCCUGACUCGGGAGAACCAAGCUUUGGGUGCGCCUGUCUACGACAUUAUCAAUCAUCUACUGCACGAGUGGACCAAAAUCCCGGAACCAGAAGCGCGUCCAUCCCCAUCAAGCAGUCGUGGGCCCCCUUCCCCACCACAUAGUCGGAAAAACUCCAGCGCGAACCCUAGCGGAAAGCCCACCUACUACGAAAGCGACGAGGAUACAUCAGAUUCCGAAUUCGAGCGGUCGAUGGACAUUGGAGGACGAUACAUAGAGGGACCACGCAAAGGCGUUGAGAAAAACGUCCGCUUUAGAGCCCGAGUUGAAAGCGACGAAGACGAACAAGAUCAUCAGCGCUCACGAAGACGAGGUCCGAAGAAGCAUGUCUUACACUCCGAAGAUGACACAUCUUCCGACACCGACUCCGAAGACUCGCCUCAUCCACCCAUCCCUGGCUCUCGCCGCAGUAGUGACAGCAGCAAUGUACCAUACUCACGAGACGGUCCCGAGCGCCGCCCCAGGCCGUAUUCAGGCCGGAGUAACGGACCCGAAAGUGCAGGCAGACCUGUUCACCGCGGAAUGACCCAACCGUCCAUACCACAGGGUAGACCAAUGCUAAAUCAGCAAUGGCAAUCGAUGCCCGCUGUCCCAGCCGGUCUUCGACCCCAACAGCCGUACGGUCCACCCGGUGGACCCCCUCGCAUGCCAAACGGCAGCCCCUACCUUCCCGCCGGCUACGUGGGUCAAUCGCCCCAGCCGCAAUCUGGCAACUAUUUCCCACCGCAGCAGCAGAGACCACCAGGACCGUCCAUGCCGCCUCGACAACAGAGCCAUCGCGACAAAGAGAAGAGGCGCAGUGCGGAGAAAGAUGUAAGUAGUGCGAGCAAGAAUUUGAGAAGAGGCCUCUUUGGAGGCGCGGCGGUAGGGGCAAUUUUGGAGGUGCUGCAAGGACUGGAUGGCUUGUGA